CCAACAACCACGGUUGAAGCCUUCACUCGCAAUUGAACUGUUUUCUUGCUGGACAAAGUGUCUAUGCGCUGCAGAUCGCUCGCUGUGUUCACCUUCAGAUCCCAAUGGCGCAAAUCCCUACUCCGCCCGCUUCCCGUUCAGCUUCACCAGCUCCGGAUUCCGAACCCAAGCAAGCUCCUGUAGCAGAUGCCCCGGAGGACUUGCUGCAGUCGCUAGACAAUCUAUUGGAGCGGUAUCUGCACCUUUUAGAUCAGCAUCAGAAGUUGCAAGCUGAACUAGGGUCGAAGCUCUCGUCGGGGUUUUUCUCUCUUGCCCAAGCCAACUAUACUUGUCCACCGGGCCGACACUAUGGGGCAGAUUACUAUGAUGAGCGCAUGAAGGCGACAAGAAGAGUGACUCUACAAUCUCCUACCAACCUGGCUGAGGAACGCUACGCAACGAAGGACAACUUACCGCCGACUGACACCGAACAUAGCGGUUCCAACUCCAGUAUAUUUGGGAUCGAAUCAGUUACCGUCCAACAUUCAGAGGACGAAUCCGACACGGACGAGAAGCCCGAAUCAGAUGCCGAUGCACCUGAGGAAGAUCGGCCACAACGCGAAGAGGGAGAUACCCAAGCUGGUGAGCUCUCAACCACAUCCGAGACCCUCCAAACAGAGCCCGAUGCGGAUGAUAAGCCCAAGCGAUCGAAAAAGAAGAAGUUUCGUUCUUCGGACCCGAUCCACUGGUACGGGAUCCUGGUACCCCCUUAUCUUCGCAGCGCCCAAAAGUCCUUCACCGAAGUCGUUGAGAGUCGCCUUCCCCAACUCGCUAGUGUCAUAGUUGAGAUGCGCAUCGUGGAGAAGGAAGUUCGUCGAGUGCGGAAUGAGCUGGGCCAGGUUUGAGAGAGGCUGGUGGUGCUCGCAGGGUCCUCUUCUAGGCCACCAUGCGCCAGAAGUAAGGUAGUGGUGGUGGUAGUGAUGGUAGUGGUGAUUGAAGCGAUGUGAAAGGCUCAAGCUGGGAUCAGUUUCCUGCCUGUCGCCAGGAUCGUGCCUCAGGCAGUAGCCACUCCCAUAUUGUAAAUUCUUGACUUGUGCAUAUAAAUAGACUACAUGCAAGCUACGGCAGUUGAUAAGUAAAUAAAUGAAGAGCAAUAUGGAUAGAAG